AUGUCGCCGCCAGCUUUGAUGCAGCGGUCUCUGCGGAGGCUCUUUCCGCACAUGUUCCAAGGCUCGAAAUUCGGGAUGCCACACCCUGAUAAAGCGCACAAAGGCGGAGAGGACGCUAUGAUGCUCCUGGAGCGAAUGGCUGGGGUACACGAAGAAGGAUGUAUACCAUAGAUCAUAUCAAUAUUUGUUACUUGUACUACUUCCACACCAAAUUAUAAGACAACAGACUAAAGGUAAAGCACCUCAAACAGUAGGUAGAGAUGUAGUACAAGUAUAGCAGUGGGUGUAGCACGCAGGACAGGAAUACAUUACAGGUUGCGGAUGGCGUUGGAGGUUGGAGCAGACGAGGAGUUGAUCCUGGUGAGUACAGUCGAGCACUUUUGAAAAAUGUAGAGGGUGAGUGCAUAAAACAAAGAGGAAAUUUGAGGCAACCGACUCGCAUUCUCCGGAAAGCCUACGAUAAGUGCAAACCAAUCACGGGAAGCGGUAAUUAUUCUCGACGGACGGAUGAGAAUGUGUAUGAGAAAGACUCAUAUUACUAAGAGAGUAGAAGUGUGAUAGAUUGAGGUGGUACGUAUCCGGAGUUUUUGUAGUUGUUGUACAUGCACACUUACAUACAACUCGAGCUACACUAGGACUACGACUUCUAGCGAAUAAAACUAUAUAAAACGCAACAGCCACAUGCUGCCUCGUGACAUUGGAGAAAGACAAUUCGUUGAUUGUCUCAAAUCUUGGCGACAGCGGAGCUUUGAUAUAUAGGCCCUCAGAGAACAGAAUCAUAUUCAAAAGCGAAGAGCAGUGCCAUGACUUCAACUUCCCGAAGCAGCUAGGCACAAAUUCUGACGACGUAUUUUAUAGAUGAAAUUGCUUUGUUUCUACUAGCAGCUCCUCUUUCUUUUUUUGAUGAAGAUGACAGUGUUGAGAUCAAGGUGGGAGAGCACUGCGCUGCAUGUUCAUAAUGCUAUCUAGCCGAUUGAUUUCUCCUAAAAACAAGAUGCAGUCCUUGCCCAUCAACUUUGUUUUCAGAUGCCUGAGCACUGCGAUGUUCAUAGUGUGAAGGUUGAGCUCGGCGACAUCAUUUUAGUGGCAACGGAUGGGGUUUUCGACAAUCUAUUUGAUGAGGAUAUCGUCCAGAAAAUUUCGAAUUCGAAUCUGACAAUAGACGAGAGGAAUACCGAGCUUGUAAAAAGCGCGUUUAUCCUGUCCCUCGAUCCGCAUUACAAGAGCCCUUUCGCAGUCCGGGAACGGGAACAUGCAAUUCAGACGAAGCAAGACGGUACAAGACCGCCCUAUAACUAAGGCACAGUCGCACGUGGUUAUCAUGGCCACAAUAACAUAGCUUCAAUCUUCUACUAAUAAAAUUUAUUGCCUACUUCCUCAGAGACUAGACUGAUGUCCUUUCUACACUCUUACUCCACCGAAAUACUGAUCUUAGAAAGUCCUAGGCUCAUCUUAUUAUUGUUUUUAAGAAGGUAUCAAAAUUUUAUGAAGAAGCACCCAAUUGUACCAGAGGACGAAGAUAUUUGACAGGAUUGCUGUGCUGCUUGUGAAACGAUAACUCGAAGGAGCACAGGAAACUCUAUCACGAGGAAUAGAAUAAGUACAAUAAGGAUAAACUUUUUUUGAAGUGCCGAGCUCACCGGCACUGGCACGACGAGCUAGCACAUCAGAUAUGAUUUUUUGGCUACUUUAACCUCUAAGGAACCGGAGGAAAACCCGACGAUAUUUCUGCGGUUCUUGUGGAAAUCGUGUACACAGACAAGCCAUUCAUGCGAAGCGUGGACUUGCCACGCCGUAGCGUAGAUCUUCCUAGACUUAAGAGCCGUAAGCAUCAAGCUAACCUGUCCCUUGUGGGUAAAUACCUCUCCCCGCCCGUUCCGGCAGGUGUUGAGUCGGGGAUAUGCAUCUUGAAGGUCUUCAUUGAUCUGGGAGAAGAAGAAAGUGAGAGGGAAAGCAAAGGGGUACAAUAAAUCAAGGGUGCUUCCAGGUGAUACGUGAAUAGCGUUUCGAUUUCCUAGACCUCUAAGAGAUGCGGCAGCACCGAUCUCCCAAGAAGACGAGGAGGCAGUCCCGAUCUUCCCAAAGCGAGCCCAAGCACACCAGCUUCUUCAUCUUAUGAAUGAGAAUGUGAUUCGAAUUUUCUCCAUCAUGCUUACUUAAGUUCUACCAAGGCGACUGCUCGUGAAAGAGGACUUGCUCUUGCGUCUUGUUCUAUUUUAAUUUCUUUCGCGAAUUUGUUUUCAAUUUUUUUCUCUGAUAGAUUUAGAUACGACCUCCACUUUUCUAAUAAUUCCCGCCCGCAGGCAGUGACCGGAAAUUUUCCACUAGUGUUGGGAGGCCAAUAUCACGAUCCGAAGCUGACCUGCCUCCCUCGGGCGGAUCCUGGCUCAGUAUAGAUUCUACGCGGUCGCUUCUACGACGAUAUUUGCAGAUCAACAAGUCGAUAUUAGCAAAAAAAUCUGACACGCCAAAUUCGUACUGUAGUGCCAGUGGCGUGCUGGGCACAUUCUUAGGUGGAUCAUCUGGCGAACCUGGUCGUGGAUGGUCCUCACCGUUUUCCAAUUUUUUUCGAAAAAGACACUUUUCGCAGUUCGCCGCGCGCUCUCUGCUGGUCUUGUCCAGUUACAGGCUUGAGACAGUGUCACAUACUGCGAACAUCACGUAUGGAGCUCCUGGGAAGCGACACGAUAGAGAUGGACGUAGAGGAACCCAACGCAUAGAAGAAUUUAGGACGCGAACGUGA